AUGAGCGCAGAAAUCCGGCCCAGCGUCUCCGCGUCUCCCCAGCAAUAUAGUCUUCCUGACCUUGGGCCAAACUCCUACACAGCGCACCGACUGCAACAUGCCACCCCAGAACACCUCUACCUCACCACACGGCGAUGCUUCAUAGGGCCUAUACCGGAAGGCUGGCUGAAGAGCCAUCGACGCGAAUGGUACAGGCACCACCUCCACAUCAACUACUCCUCUCGCACCGCAUCGUUCUCUGCCGCGCAUGCCUCCCGCCAACGCCGCCUCACCGGCCUCGAAGGCCCAAGUGCAUCAGCAGUCUACGGACGCAGCUUUCCACAGCCGCGGGAACUGCGAGAGGAGGAGACUCAGGACAGCUAUGAAACGGCGAACGAGGAUGCAGCGACACCACUGGCAUCCGGAAUCUCUGUUCCUCGAGCUUCGAACCCGGAUAAUCGGGUUUUGGAGGACGGCGUAGCAUCAGGUCUCCCCAACAGCUCGACACAGCACGUGGAACGCCGUAAGGCAUCGGGCUCGGGGUCCCAACCGGGUAGCAAGAGCCGAUCGAAGUCUGCUAAGGGCCUAACAAGACCACGGAGAAAGUCCACGAGUGAUUCAUACGUAACAGCCAGGGAAAGCCUGCCAAGGGAGGUGAGCCCGACAAGGAUGCAGGAGGACGACAAUGGGCAACCCGAUACGGCGAUACAACCGACUCUGAGUGUUGACGAAGGUGAUGCAUCGGCUGCUGCAUCUACACAGCCCAGAACAUCCACAGCCGAAAACAGCUUUGGCACACCAAGCGGAGGUCCAGGCCUCCCCGCUGGCGCAAACCGCUCCACUUCGCUGCUCAUUCCGAAUGACGACCAAACUCUGAAGCCGACCAAUGAGACACAGGAUGAAACAUCGGGAACCAAGAAACUCUUGUCUAAGAUUACUCGAAGUCCAAAGACUUCAGAUGCCAACGCAGACGCCACCGGUAACGAUGCAGUGACAGCACCCUCCCCAGCUCAAGCUCGCGGGUUGGUACGGUUCAACGAGCCGGAGGGCACUGUCCGUGCCGAGUUGCAAGCAAAGGCGCGCUUAACCCAGAUGAGAGCCCGACGGGCAUCAGCAAAGAUACGAGGAAGAAGCCAGAUCAGGGAUGGACAAAUCAUCAAGAUGGAGAAGAUGCUUGUCCGAAUGGAUACGACCAUGACCCAGGUUCCAGAUGACUACGAUGAAAACGAUAGCCAGAAGAUCGAGUAUCGAACCAACGAAAAAUGGCGAGAAUACAUGGUUGUCUGUAGAGAGAGCGCGGACGAGGACGUUGAGUUCACGCUUCAGAUGUACGACACUCGAGUCAUUCCGGAAAUCGAGCGGAUCCGAAGUGACAAGAAGCGCUCCAAGCAUGAGCUACCGCUCAGCCGUAGGCUGACGGGUGUUAAUCUUUUCUCUUCACUGGACAAAACCAUCGUCGUGUGGGUGCCUUGGCGGAAGGGCACAGCUAUCUACAUCAUACAACCACACUCCGCUGCCAGCGCUGUGGAGUGGUAUACCUUCCUGCGCAACAUUCUCGGCUGGCAUCGGGCCUCUGAACUCCAGGUUAAUAUACCCGAUCUAAGCGUCAGUCUACGGCUGGACGACCCAUUCGCACAGCUUGAAGCCUCGCGAGAUAUCGCCCAAGCCGCGGAAGGCAAUGAGGAAGCCAUUGAGAAGACGAUGCGAGAAGAAGAGGCCGUGGCGGGCAACGUCAUCAAGCGAUCGAUUGAGAUGCUGGAAAAGUCCAAGGAGUGGCACGACAUUAUUGGAGCCUGGGCAAAGAACGAGCGCAUUGGCUUGGUAUGGAAGAGAUACGACCGUCUCGAGUGGAUACAUGGUGCGAAUGAGCGGAAGAUGUACGGCACGAUCGCCAUGCAAAAGUCUCACGAGCUAGAACUCCGGCCGAAGUCACACUAUCCCACCAAGACUCGUGAUCACAAAGACCAUGCCUUGAUAGAGCCCCCUCCGGUCGAAGGCUUCCUGGUACGGUUGACUUCCCAGAAAGGCGACUCUCAGCGCAUGGGUAGGCUUUUCUUCAAGCGGCUGUAUUUCUCAACUCACAACCAAUACCUGGUCUUCUCAAAGCCGGGGAAGGCUACGCCACCGCCAGCGCCAGAUAUGCCAAUGACGGAGAACUCGCAAGUACCUACCGCGCAUCAGAUCUCUGAGGGGAUCCCUAUCAUCUACGCCGUCAACCCAUACCCGGUUGAAGAUGGGCAGAUCUCCUGGCUGAAAGGAGGUCACUCGGAAUCUCUCAAAGAUCAGAGACACCACGACCAGGAUGCGUAUGAUGAGGCACAGCGCAAGGCCGAGAUCCUUCUCAACUGCGACGGCUACGUCAAUCUGUGUAACAUCGUCAAGGUUCGGCACGUUUUCCGCGGCGCAACACCCGCUGAUCGCAAUGUGGACGAAGGCGAUGAAGUCGACUUCGACGCUGAAGUGCCGGAUAGCAACCGCGAUGACGGCACAGUCAAAGAGUUUGACGAUCAUCGCACCUUCGAGUUGGUCAUGCGCAAUGGCCUCGUCAUUCGACUUCAGGCAAAGACUAAGAAGGAAUGGAAGAAGCGCCUGCGUGACCUAAUCAAAUACUGGAAACACCGCACAGCCGCCGACAUCCAACUCUUCAAGUCUACGCGGCGCCGCAACCUCGAAGACCUCGGCAUCGACGAAGAAACUGAAGCCCACGUCGGCCAGUUCGCACGCAAAUGGGAAGUCACCAAGUCCCACGCCUCCCCCGAGCUCUACCACAUGUGCGGCAUCUCCUGCUGCCGCACCAUCCACAUGUCCGGGAUUCUAUAUCGCAAGCCCCGACGCCAUAGCACCUUCACACGGUGCUCCGUCAUCCUGUCAUCUGGCCGCUUGCUUAUCUUUCAGGACUCCCUCCGCACGGCGACGGGGAAGGAGAUAUUGCAUAUCCACCACGAGCGCAUCGCGUCGCUCGACCUGACGGACUGCUACCUCUACUCCGGCCUCUUGACCGAGAACGACUUGCUCUACCAGAACAGGACCUUCGACAGCAACAAGCCGGGCCAUACGGCUCUGCCGCGCAUCUAUCUCGAAGACGGCUGGACCAGCACAGACGAGGACGUCAUGACGUGCUUCGUCGUGUGGCACGGCCGGCGGCGGAGCUUAUUCCGCCGCGGCGACGCGAGCGGGAGUGGGAGCGAGGGCGUCGAGGGCGAGGGCAGGAGAAGCGGGUUCAGGUUCGUGAGCUCGUUAGGGGUGCCGGGCAGGAGUAUCGUGUUUAAGGCACGGAGUCGCGCGGAGAGGGAUCAUUGGGUGCUGGCGAUUAGGACGGAGAUUGAGCGGCUGCAGCAGGCGGAGGAGGUGAGGAUUACGCAUGGUGGGGAGAAGUGA